AUGAAAUUGUUCACCAUCUUCUUGCCCCUGGUUUUAGUGGGAACCGCCGCUGGCUUUGCCUCUGGCCCGUUCUCCAAGAAGGCUUCUCCGUCACCAGAGGUAUCAAUUGAAAGUAUGCCUGGUAUCGUGGCGCCCACUGGAUUCUUUGAUCCACUCCGCUUCGCUGAAAGGGCCCCGUCGAACACGCUUAAGCGCUACCGCGAGUGUGAACUAACGCAUGGCCGCGUUGCUAUGUUGGCAACGGUGGGUUUCCUCGCCGGCGAAGCGGUUCAAAAUACGAACUUUCUAUGGAACGCCCAAGUUUCGGGGCCUGCUAUAACGCAUAUUCCACAGAUUCCAGCAACUUUUUGGGUCUUGCUCACCCUGUUUAUCGGUGUGGCCGAAUUGUCACGUGCGCAAACUGCCAUGGUUCCCCCUAGUGACAUUCCCGUGGGUAAGGCUGGCCGAAUGCGUGAAGAUUACAAUCCUGGGGACAUUGGAUUCGACCCUCUCAAUUUAAUGCCCGAAAGUUCCGAGGAGUUCUAUAGGUUGCAGACUAAAGAACUACAGAAUGGGCGUUUGGCCAUGCUGGGUGCUGCAGGUUUCUUGGCUCAAGAAGCAGUUAAUGGGAAGGGUAUUUUGGAGAAUUUGUUUGGCUAG